AUGUCUACAUAUCAAAAUUCUGGGUACAGACCUAGAGGAUACUCCUCUGGCUACCCGUCUCGUUCAAGAGGAGGUGGCAGCGGCGGCGGAAAUAAUCGUGGUGGAAGCAGUCGUGGGAGAUUUAACAAUGGCUAUCAACAGACAUCUCAUACAAGUUACAGACAAAGACAGACACCAGCAACAUCAUCAUAUAAAGCUAGACAGAAUGUUUAUCAGCAACAUAGUACACCCUUGAGGAACAACGAUUUUCAGAUGUGGAUGGGUGAUUUGGAUCCCCAAUGGACAGAAGAAUCAAUUGACAACUUGUGGACAAAAUUGGUAUCAAAACCUCAUCAUGUCAAGAUCAUGAGAGAUCGACUACAACCUCUGAAGCCUAGCUAUUGCUUUGUGACUUUCAGAGACCAAGAAUCCAUUGAUUUAGCCAUACAGAGAAACGGGCAAAAAGUACCAGACUCAAACAGAGUUUUCAAGCUAAACUAUUCUGGCAGAAACUCAACGGGAAGUCAUGAUCGCAGUACAAACCUGUCCAAUGAAUAUUCUAUUUUUAUCGGGGAUUUAGCUCCUGAAGUAUCUGACGCCGCAUUAUAUAACAAGUUCAACAUGAAGUAUCCCAACCAAAUCAAACAAGCUAAGGUUAUCACUGAUUCUUCAACUAGAAAAAGUAAAGGGUUCGGGUUUGUUAAAUUUCAUUCACCCGAUAUUAUGAACAGGGCACUAAAGGAAAUGCAGGGCUAUAAUAUUGGAUCCAAAGCUAUCAGAGUUGGUUUAGCAGCAGGGUCUCAUGUGGAUACAAGUUUUAAGCCAGUCACAAAACUAGAUCACCACAGAGUUCCUGUACCACAGCUGCAACCAGCUCUAAAUCAAUUUACUGAUCCAAAUAAUACAAGCUUUACAAUUGGUGGAUUGUCUGGACGCAUCACUGAGAGCGAACUUGAACAACAUUUCAUAGGGUUUGGGGAUUUAGUGUAUUGUCGUGUUUCUAAGGACUACCAAACUGGGUAUAUCAAAUUUUAUUCACGAUCAGCUGCAGAAAGUGCUUUGCUAAACAUGUAUGGCUUUAUGAUCAACGAUUGCAGGUUACAAAUAACCUGGGGUAGUUGUGUUCAAGUUUCCGGUGCCAGUGUAAACUACUUACCCAAUGUAGCAGGUGAAAUUUACGAAAAAGCUAAAAAAUCACCAGCUAUUUAUCAUCACCCUAACUAUCCUUAUUUACGAUUUGAUAAACUAAGUAGUGACGAGAUUAAAAAACUUCCACAACGUCUUGAUGGUAGUGAUGUGCUUACUACAAGUCAAAUUGAUGAAUUUUAUUUGAAUAAUAAAAGAUAUAGAGAAAAGUUGUUGAAUGAUGCAUUAUAUUAA